AAAACUCAUUUUAGCGUUUUUGCUCUAUCAAGAUGACGUCAUCAUAAGACGAGCACAUCAAAAUGGCGGCACUGGGAGGAAAAUUGUAAGGUGCAGAUUUUUCUGUUCAAAUCUUUUAAAUUUUAGCUUCAGGAGACUAUAAACAAGGUAAAAGGAAGUUGAGUUUCUAUGGGUAGGAUCUAUUUGUGUUUAUUUCCUCUCUGGAACGUCGUUUCUCGUAGAUAUCUCGCCAGAUUUUGCCGGACACUUUCGACGAGUAACGUUGGCAUCGGUCACUUUGCUCUGUGCCCACGUGAACGUGUUGAAACGACUUUCACACCUCGAAGGAAGUUAACCCAACGCUGCAACAGUUCGUUUUGUACCGCAGUAACCAUGGCGGAAUCACAUGAUAAAGAGGAAAGCACAAAAGCAAAACGCCAGCCUUCAAACUACACAGGACAAGCUGGCCCCUCUAAACGUGCCAAAGUGGACUCUUCCAAGGACAAAAGUCGCCACAACUACAAACACAAGGUCUUCGAGCCCACCAGGAAGACGGUUGGGUUCGACCAGGUCAUGUUCAACGAGACCAGCAGUUACAUUGAAAACGGACUCCGGAAAGUGCAGCCCUAUUUCUUCACAUUCGAGGCUUUCGCCAAGGGGCGUUGGCUCGGCCGGACAGUCAUGGACAUCUUCAGCAGCGAGUUCCGAGCCCACCCACCGGAGCACUAUGAAAAGGCAAUCAAGCUGGGAAGACUGCUGUUGAACGGCGAGUGCGUCAAGCUUGACACUGUCCUAAAAGACAACGACUUCAUGCAGAACACCGUUCAUCGCCAUGAGCCCCCGGUGGUCGCAGACCCGGUCCAGAUCGUGGAGGAAACGGACGACCUGGUGGUGAUCAACAAGCCUGCGUCCAUGCCCGUCCAUCCGUGCGGCGGCUACCGUCACAAUUCCGUCAUCUUCGUCCUCGGAAAGGAGCACGGCUUCCAGAACUUGCACCCGAUUCAUCGCCUGGACCGCCUGACCUCCGGGAUCCUCAUCUUUGCCAAGAAUUUGGAGACGAAGCACAGACUGGACGCACAGAUAAAAGGCAGGGAGGUGAAGAAGGUUUAUCUUGCGAGGGUAGAGGGGGAGUUUCCGGAGAAGGCGGAAUGCGACAAACCGAUCUUCGCGGUGAAGCACAAGCUGGGCGUGUGCCGCGUGUGUCCAGAAGGAAAGCCCGCGAAGACGACGUUCGAGAGAGUUAGCUUCGACGGGAAGUCGAGUGUGGUGCGAUGUUUCCCGGAGACGGGACGCAUGCACCAGAUUCGCGUUCACCUCCAGUACCUUGGCCAUCCUAUUGUCAACGACCCUCUGUACAACAGUACCGCAUGGGGAGCAAACAGAGGGAAAGGCGGCAUAGACAGCACAAGUAUGAAUGAUGUCCUCGGGAAGCUAGUCACUGAGGAGACUGAGAGACAAGGUAAAGGUGGUGAUUCAUCACCAAGUCCAGGUGAUCAUAGUGCACGGACUGUUUCAUCCGAAACAGAGCAUGCUCCCUCAGAACAAAGUACUGACCUUGACCCUAAAGACAGUGACGAGGGGUCGAAGGUGAAGGGUCAGGGGGCUACAGUUGACCCCAUCUGUGAUGAGUGUCGUGUCAGCCGUCGCGACCCGACUCCUAAAGAGUUGGUGAUGUACCUGCAUGCUCUGAGCUACGAGGGGGAGGGGUGGAGCUAUGAGACACCACCUCCCGAGUGGGCCAGUGAGGGCUGGGUAGAGGACUAGUGUGGCAAUAUGUAGGAAACAAGUAGAAAUGUACAUGUAGCACAUAUAUACUGUAGUUUUUCUUGACAGUAACAUGGGACCAUAUCACCAUAUCUGCUCAGUUUUAGACAGGUAUGUACUUGUUAAGAUGAGGUAAAUGAAGAACAAUCAAUUUUGGCUUGUAUUUCUUUGAUGUCUGUUUCCUUGUCACAAAGGAUGCUAUAGUAUAGCCGUUUAAUUGCGCAGCCUAUUUGCCAGUGUAUUUCGUGCAAGUAUUCCGCUGGCGCAAUAAUGCGAAGUUAUCCAGCUGAACCGAACCGAUUUGGGGAUUCCGUGCAGUUAACAGAAGUGUGUGUUAAUCCAUUGUGCAAUUAACUGGCUUCUACUGUAUAUAGUAAAUUCCCUACAUUAGCCCUGUACACUAUUUGCUCUAGAAGAGAAACUGCAUUGAUGAAGACAUGAAGGAAGACAAUACUUUAAAAUAUAUGACUCACUCAGACAAAGUCAA